UGAAUCUGGAAACGUUAAGAAGGCUACCCACUCGAACUUCCCACUCGAAGAAAAAAAACACCUAAAGUCAUCGCCGAUCCCCACACAACGCCGCCGCCGGCCGACAGCAUCUGGCAACCACGCGCCACCACGGCCUCCACCGCCAUACGCCGUCGUGGACUCUGCGUUCGCGCUCUCCGCCGGCGGUCUCCCUCCCCUGCUUAUACCUACGGCGGCGGCCUCCCUCCCACUGCUUCAACCCAUGGCGGCGGCCACCACUGCGCCGCUUUCCUCGUGUCCCACGUCGCCGGUGCGCUCUCUCCCCGGCGGCCGACUCGCCUCCUCUGGCCCACGCGUCGUGCUCCUGCGGCCGCCCGCCCACGCGCACUGCCAACCAAGCUCCGCCCUUGCAUCUCGCCGCCACGACCGCUCCUCCACAUCUUGGGAUGCCGGCGCACCACCACCCUCCAAAGGUCACCGGGAUCUCGCUGCAGCCCGCCCCUCUGUGGAUGAAGACCCCCGCGAGCCACUUCUGCCACAUCUGUGAUCCACCUCCGAGCAAAGUCCUAGAUCCUCCGACGAGGAUCCAGCUCCUCCCUGGCGCGCCGACGGAGACCCGCACACUCCACACUGGCGCCAUCUUCCGCUCGCCUCGAGCUCCCACCGGCUCGCCCUGCCGCUGGUGCUAUGCUCCCCAUCGCCGCACAUGUUGUCGUCCAUCGUGCCUACCACACCACCACCUGCAGAUGGAGAAGACCUCGGCUUGCAGGUAGAGGAGGCCUCGACCUGCAGUUCUACAGUAGAUGUGUCCAGGAGGAGGGCACGGUGGAUCACAUCCUCAUACAUUGCGUCUAUGCCAGUCAGGUGUGGUUCCAAUGCUUCACCAAGGUUGAGAUCCCUUUGGAGCUGUUGCCACAUGGACAUGAAAGGGUGGAGGACUGGUGGGUAGCUUCGAGGAAGAGGGUACCGAAGGUACAGCGGAAGGACUAUGAUUCUUUCGUCACGGUGGUUUGUUGGAAUUUAUGGAAGCAGAGGAAUAGUAUGGUUUUUGGUAGGAGCAACAUGUGUAAUGAACUAGAUACGGUCAGGGACAUUCUCAGGGAACGCUAAUUAUGGGCAUUGGCGAGAGGGAGUGGAGUGCUGCAUUUUUGUGAGUAGUCGCUUUGGAGCUGGUUGAGGAGGAUGUAGGCACGCCUUCUGGUGAUGCUCGCGGCUUGUAAUAUCUUGUAAAUAUUUUUCUCCCUUUCUAUAAAGCUAAGGCACGUCUUUCACGUGCUCUCAAAAAAACAAUUCAAUAUAAAUAGGAAUAAAUUUAGUUAUA